AUGAAAAUAUUACAGCUAAAUAUUAAUCACUGUAAAGCUGCCCAAAACCUUCUCUGGCAAACAGUAGCCGAAAAUAAUGUAGAUGUAGUUCUAAUAUCGGAACCAUACGGUAAUAUUGAGUCGCAUAACUUGCUGACAGAUGCAGAGAGACAAGCGGCGAUUUGGAUAGUAGGUGGAAAAAUUCCCCAAAGUAAGAUGCUCAUGCUAGACAAAGGGUAUACAUGGGCGAAGAUGGAAGGUCUGUAUCAGGUGAGCUGCUAUGCUCCACCAAGAUGGUCUCUAGAAGACUUUGAGCGUAUGAUGGUUGCAAUGGAACUAGAAUUACGAGGGAAGCGUCCUAUUCUCAUUACUGGAGAUUUUAACGCUUGGUCAACAACUUGGGGCAGAACAUACACAAACCCAAGAGGAAGACUGAUAGAGGAAACAUUUUCCGCAAUGGAUCUGGUAUUGCUGAAUACUCCUGGAGUUUAUACAUUCGACUGCAUCAGAGGUAAAUCAAUAAUUGACUUGGCCUUUGCAGAUCGCGUCACAGCAAACAACACAAAAUGGAAAGUAGAGGAAUCCAUUUAUACUCACAGUGACCACAGGGCUUUAAUGUUGGAAGUACGCAGCACGGUAAACCAGCAAGUAGACAAAAGUGUGCGGCAGAAAAAAUGGAAAACAUCAGCCUUCAAUUCAGAAGCUUUUUCUAUAGUAUCGGAGGAUGCUCAAGUUUCCAAAACAACAGCAGAAGACAUGGCGGAACAAAUAGCUAUACAAAUGGAAACUGCGUGUGAUAUAUCUAUGCCAAGAUGCAAAUAUAGUGGCAAACGACAACCAGUUUAUUGGUGGUCUAGCGAGAUAGCUGAUAUUCGCAGAGCCUGUAUAAAAGCACGAAGAAAAGCGCAAAGAGCUAGACGACAUAUUUCUUUUAAUGAGCUAUAUGCAGAGUAUCGCAUUCGAAAACAUGAUCUUAAAAAAACAAUUGAAAAGAGCAAAAAUCGAUGCUUUAAGCAAAUGCGAGAUAGUGCUGAUGAAGAUCCAUGGGGUCUGGCUUACAAAACCGUCAUGCAGAAAGUAAAAGGACCGAGGUCCCCACAGCCCACAUGCCCAAUUCUAUUGAAGGAAGUUGUUCUGGCACUUUUUCCCCCACAGGAGAAAAUGGCCGAUCAGGUGUUUCAGGUGAAUUGGAAUACCAACAUACCACCAGUGAGAUCAGAAGAAGUGAUGCAAACAUUGGGUCGUAUAAAAGAUGGGAAGGUUUUUGAACGAAUAAUAAGUGAACGUCUCCAGCAGUAUCUGGAAGGUCCCAAUGGCCUUUCUGAUAAGCAGUACGGUUUCCGGCGCACUAGAUCAACGGUAGAUGCGAUUAGAACGGUAACAAAUAUUGCAAAGGAAGCUACCAGCGGAGGAUAUACUGCAAUGAAAUACUGUGCAGUCAUCACGCUAGACAUUAAAAAUGCUUUCAAUUCAGCAAAUUGGUCUGAGAUACUACUGGCACUCAAAACUCUGAAAGUACCUGAUUAUUUGGUACGCAUUAUUUGCAGUUACUUUAACGAUAGAAUACUGCAGUAUGACACAGAAAAAGGUAGAAAACAAUAUGAGGUCACUGGCGGGGUUCCACAAGGAUCAGUUCUUGGACCCACAUUGUGGAACGCUAUGUACGAUGGAAUCCUGAAAAUAAGACUUCCUGAUAAAGUGACAAUAGUUGGAUACGCUGAUGACAUCGCACUAGUGGUGGUUGACAAAAAGCUUGAUCACUUAGAAGCAAAAUGUAACGAUGCAGCAGCAAGAGUACAACGAUGGCUUAAAAAUGCAGGACUGGAGUUGGCGGUGCAAAAAACAGAAGCAGUACUGAUAACCGCAAGAAAGCAGAAAAAGAAGAUGAAAAUCAUAAUUGGCGGGCAUGAAAUAUUAUCACAAGAAGCAAUAAAAUACCUUGGAGUCAUAAUCGAUGCAAGACUGAGCUUCAAACAGCACCUUACAGCAGUAAGCUCUAAGGCAGCGGCAGUGAAUAGUGCAUUAACGCGAAUUCUUCCUAAUACAGGUGGUCCUCAGGGCGAAAGAAGGCGUCUUUUAUCUACUGUAACGGACUCUAUUAUAUUUUAUGCUGCUCCUAUAUGGGCAGCAGCAAAAAAGCAUCAGCUACGUCUGGUAGCACAAAUAUACAGACGCAGUGCGUUACGGGUUGCCUGCGCUUAUAGAACAGUCUCUGAUGAUGCAAUCUGCGUCAUUGCUGGAAAAAUACCAGUUGACAUACAUGCAAAAGAGUUAAGCCGUCUUUAUGGCAGGCAAGGCAUAACACCUACGAUAGAUCAAAAAUCUGCCGAACGCGCAUAUUCAUUUAGAGAAUGGCAGCAAAGAUGGGAGCAGUCCUCUAAGGGACGUUGGACAUAUACACUUAUACCUAACAUUAAGGAAUGGGUGUUAAGAAAACAUGGUGAAAUUGACUAUAAUCUGACUCAAAUAUUGAGCGGCCACGGAGGCUUUUUAGAAUAUCUCUACAGAUUUCAUCUGUCAGAUAGUCCAUACUGCCCAAACUGCCACAACGUCGUAGAAAGUGCAGAACAUGUAGCCUUUAGCUGCGAACGGUUUAAUGAAGAACGGGAAAUACUUGUGGAAGCCCUAGGAUAUCUACCAUCUCCUAACAGCAUUGUACACGAAAUGUGCUCAAGUAGCUUUAAAUGGAAGGCAGUUAAAACAUUCGCAACUCAAAUUAUGCGGCGUUUGCGACUGCAGGAAGAGGAAAGAAGAACAGCUGCAGUGCAUAUAUUUGUGAUAGAAUUCGUGGACUUAAAGUCAAAACGAAUUAGCAAUGAGCAGAAACAAGCGCUGGUCCAGCAUAUGGAAGAGCAUAAAGAUUUCGCUCAUGACAGAUUUGUGUCGGAUGAUGGUGCGCGAAGUCUUAAUAAACAGUGGAGCUCUCUAGCUGCUAUUUUAAAUGCCCUUGGUGGAGCAGUUAAAGAUGGUAAUGAUUGGAAGAAGGCAUGGGUCAACAUGAAGUAA